AUGAUGUAAUCGUAUCAAUUUGACAUUUGUUCAAGUAUCUUAAGUGCCCUUAAAACACCACCUUGAACUUAUUCAACAAUACUGACUGCUCAGGUGGUAAAUUAAAGUAUUUAUCUAUGGCCAGUUGCUUUAAUUCUUCUGAACAGGCUAAGAAUUGAAGUUUCCAAAUUGUAUAUUUCAUCUUUGACGAAAUGAAGUUAGCGUAUUUCCUUCACAAUGACAGACUUUAUUUGCUUUCAGGGAUGUGCUGUGUUAACUGAUGGUGUUGCAGUAAUGAUUCAUCUUGAUGCCUGAGUGUUCGCCAUUCUUAAAUCGUUUAACUAAGCUCACGACCUUAAACUGUAUUUAAUUCGAGUGUUACAUUCUUAUUAAAAUUUAAUUGGCCUCCAACAUGGGGGAUACGAGUGCUAACUCGAAAUCGCAGAUCAGUGCUAUGGUUGUUGGAUCUAAGUACAGACUGCAACAUAAAUUGGGUAGUGGAUCUUUUGGUGAUAUUUAUCAAGCAGUUAACAUCAACAGCGGCGAGGAAGUCGCUGUUAAACUCGAACCUAUAAAGGCACGUCAUCCUCAGCUAAACUCAGAAGCUAAAAUAUACAAAGUUCUGCAAGGAGGAACCGGAAUUCCCUCUGUAAAAUGGUUCGGACAAGAAAAAGAAUUCAACGUGCUUGUAAUGGAUCUUCUGGGGCCAAAUUUAGAAGAUCUCUUCAAUUUCUGCCAAAGAAAAUUUUCCUUAAAAACGGUGCUUAUGAUAGUUGACCAGAUGAUAGGGCGUGUUGAGCAUGUUCAUAGUCGAUCUUUCAUACACAGAGAUAUGAAGCCGGAAAACUACGUGAUGGGUAUCGGGAAGUACUGUAAUAAACUGUAUAUAAUUGAUUUUGGAUUGGCCAAGCGGUACAGGGAUGCCAGAUUAAAAGUCCACAUCGCAUAUCGAGAAGACAAAAACCUCACGGGCACUGCUCGAUACGCGAGUGUGAACGCGCACUUGGGAAUUGAACAGAGCAGAAGAGACGAUCUGGAGUCUCUGGGCUAUGUCAUCAUGUACUUCAUGCGGGGCAGUUUGCCCUGGCAAGGACUGAAGGCGGCGACUAAGAAGCAGAAAUACGAGAGGAUAUCACAGAAAAAGCUAGACACCACUGUUGAAGUUCUCACCAAAGGUUUUCCUGGAGAGUUCGGAAUGUAUCUGAACUACUGCAAGGGUCUCAAAUUUGCCGAAGACCCCGACUACAUGUACUUACGACAGCUUUUCCGAGUGCUGUUCCGCAUGAACAACCACCAGUACGAUUUUAUUUACGACUGGUCGACAUUCAAAAAGGACAACACACAGAACGGCGGAGUGUCGAUCUCCAAGGCUAAGGGAGGCACCAAUCACCACCACGAUCACCAUGGAGCGAGGAAACUGGCCAAAUCGCCUGGUAGGACAAGUAACCGUAGAACACCGGCCGCCCGCUUGGCCGCCGAAAGCCCGGCACUAGUGAGCGCGUCACCAGGAGUAUCCCUGAAGCAAAAGGGAUACCUGCGAUAGCAGAUAGAGGGCGACCCUAGCUAACGUCCGCUGAAUAUCAAUCAACUCAAACUCAGACACUUUUCCAAUCUCUUCUCGAAGCUAACUGCUCAUCUGUUUUCUGCUACACAACCAACAAACAUUCAUAUACUGACGCUGGGUGAAGAAAACCUUAAGUGUGAAACAAACUCCGAGCAUCGAUAACGUCUCAUCAUUUUUGCUUCUUCGCUGCCAUUUUUCAAGUUUUCAAGCCAUCCCAAACUUUAUCCAUAUUAUUUUUGGGCGUUUUUUGCAAGCUCUGUUUUCACUGAUAUUAAAUGUAAUAGAUAUUAUUGCCUUUGAUUAAAUUGGUGCUUAAAUUAUAGAUUUUUAUUGUCGUUAUUGAAAUUUAAAUGAGCGUUACUCUACAGGUGUAGCGUAAAGUCUCGUCAGUUAGAAAUUCAAAUUUUAGUCUUCACUUAGUUUACUGGACAAAUUUUAAGACAAUAUUUUCAACCAACUUUCCAUUCAGAAAAAAAUACUGAAAAAUUGAAUCUAUAAUUCAAAGAAAAGAUUGGUAGUUGUUGUGCUAAAUAUAAUAAUUGACAUCGUGUAUGGUGCUAAUUAUCACAAAACUGUUUAAACUGAGAAGUUUUUUUUAUCGGCUGAGAUAUUAAGAACGUUUUUUCUACCGAAUGGCUCAGUAUUUGAAAUAAUUUGUUUGGACCGACAAUUUCUUAACUCACUAAAUUGAAAAAACCUGAUUUUCAUUGGUUGCUUCGUAGAAGGUUUUAGCCAAAGACCGCGAAAGUCAGGAGAACUUAUAUCUGAACCUGAGGGAUUUAUAGACUCCUAAAUUAUAUCUUUGUGAACUUACACCCAAUGUUCAUGGAAGUUUAAGUAUCAGUCUUUUUCGUCAACUCUCCAUACUUAACCAUGAGCAAGAGCAGUGUUUGAAAAAAGUUAGAAGCAGGAUUGUUAUGCUUUCAAAAUAAUCGAGAAUUAUUUUUUUCCAUCAAUUCGUGCGAUGUCUGAUUUGAGGAAAAUUACAGUCUAAUAGUUCGACAUUUUGGUAUAAAUUUUCCUGACUUAACUCGAUAAAUACCAGCUGAAUCCAGUUCCUUUUAUUUCGUUGCUGCGCACCUUGAAGCCUCUUCGAAUAAUGCAGACAUACCUUUACCCUCAAUGCCAUCAUGCGACCGACUUAAGAUCAACACCAUACCCACCCCCUCUUUCACCUUUUGAUGUGUUCGCUCUUGUGCCGUGACCGAUCACCUUAGCCGCUCUGGUGCAUAAUCAAACGUUCUAAAUCUGGUUCAUAAUUAAUAUCUGCUUAUUCUGUGUACCACGUAACACCCAGUCUCAUUCUCUUCGCUUUUGAAGUAUUGUAUACUUGAGCUUGAACACUUUUGCCUUUAAUAAUCCAUUCUAAUCCUAAAACAAAGGAAAAGACCGUUAAUUCUAUUUUGAUGUCAAAGUCGACGAACUCAAAAGUCAUCUUGGAUUGAAUAAAGAACUACCGGUCAAACUAUACGGCGUUCAUUUGGGGGGUAAAUACGUGAUAUGACUACGCGGCAUAUUGUAAAAUUUUAGUUCUUCUAUUAUCAUGACUGUAUUUUAUGAUAUCUCUUUAAGCUUUUAUACAGAGGGGGAGAUGUGCUUUAACUUCUCAGACUUCCAUCCAGCCUUAGCCCCCUCUUUCUCUCCCCCUCUCCUCUCCUAUCGAGCCCCUCUAGCUAGAUGAUCAGAUCGUUUCGGUACUAUUGCUAAAGAGUUUAGAGUUUGCAACUUAGUUUUAUCCAUUUAAGAAAAAUUAAACAUUUAACUCUGUCCAAA